AGAUUAAUAAUUAAUCGUGUCACCUAAGUGCCCCCACCCCGCACUAAUCCAGGGAAUAAACCCUUUCAUCUGCUGUGUUGAUCACUCUUCGCCAGGCCAACCACCCUAUAAAACCCGGGUCGCUGGGUGUCGACCUCCCCCCGCCACCGGUCGCAGCUCAAACCACCUCCCCCAGAGAGAGACAGGCCCGAGGCCGCUCGCCGGCGACAUGGCCGUGUACAUCCGCCUCAACGACGCCGUCCGCGCGCGCCUCCGCGGGGAUGCCGGUGCGGGAUGCACGAGCAGCGGCAGCGACCACGACGCGUCCGCGUGCCUCUCCGGCCUUGUCCAGGCGUUUCUUGAGACGGACGCCGGCGGCGGCGAGGAGGGAGCCGGGCCGGCGCCCAAGGGUGCGGGAGAGUACGACUCCGAUGACGCGAAUGGCCUCGAGCGGGCGGGGGCCGCCGAGGAGUCCGUGCGGGCGCUGCUUGACCCGCCGCCGGCGGAGGACAUGUUCCGGAUCAGGCUGGUCGCAGCCGUGGCGGCCGCGAUGGAGGCGGAGGCGGCGCUGCGGGCGCACGGGGCGGCCUUACGCCGCGCCGUGAUGCGGCGGCUGCGCGCCGCGGGGUACGACGCCGGCGUGUGCAAGUCGAGGUGGGAGGCGUCCGGCGGCAUCACGGCCGGGACGUACGAGUACGUCGACGUGGUCACGCCGGCGGCGAGGGGGGCGAGGAGCAGGUACAUUGUGGACGCCGACUUCCGGGCGGGACUGGAGGUGGCCCGCGCGACGGCCGAGUACGCGGCCAUCGUGGCCGCGGUGCCGGCGGCGCCGGUGGUCGCGCGGGAGGAGUCCAUCGGGCGCGCGGUUCGCGUGGCGGCAGACGCGGCGCGGCGGUCGUUCCGUGCCCACGGCCUGCACGUGCCGCCGUGGCGCAAGACCCGGUACAUGCUCGCCAAGUGGCUCGGGCCCUACAAGCGGUCGACCAUCACCUCGCCGGUGGCCGACGGGGCAAUGCCGAUGCCCGGCGCCGCCGGGUUGGAUAUCAAGUGCCGCGCCGUCGGGUUCUUUACGCCUCCGGCCACCGUACCGGCAGCGAGGAUUAAGUAGCUUCACGCUCUUCUCCGGGGAGAUCACUGAAAGAUGUUUCUUGUAGAGAGAUUAGUGGGAGAGUUUCAUUUCGACUUUGAGUUUCUCUCAAACUUGUACAGAGGUUUUUUGUUCGAGAUUAUCAAGAGCAAAUUGUUUUUGCACAUCGUUUUUUUUUAAGAAGUGAUAUGAGAAAUCAUUAUGUACUCAA